UCCUAGUGACUCAAUUCCUUCCUAUAUAUCGCUGCAAAAACUCAGAGAGAGAGAGAGAGAGAGAGAGAACAAAAUGGCUUGCCAUGUCAAUUUGGUUCCCCAAUCCAUGGCCACAGCGUCAGCUAAACCCAAAGCUCCUCCUCCUCCCGCCGCGUGUUCCAUUUCAAAGCCAUUCAUCUCCGCAAAGCUUGUUCACUCGUCGCAAUCCUCUUUCGUUUCCACCUUCUCUCCCUCUCGCCCUCAAACCCUAACUCCUCUCCGUUCCAGCAGAGCUAUGACUGACCUGGCGGUGCGGUGUGCUUCUAAGGCUGAGCCGCUCAGAAUUAUGAUAUCCGGGGCGCCUGCUUCGGGUAAAGGCACGCAAUGCGAGCUCAUUACUCAGAAAUAUGAUUUGGUACAUGUCGCUGCUGGAGAUUUACUUAGAGCGGAAAUUGCAUCUGGGAGUGAAAAUGGGAAGCGUGCAAGGGCGUACAUGGACAAAGGACAAUUGGUUCCAGAUGAAAUAGUUGUUAUGAUGGUGAAAGAGCGUCUAUUACAGCCAGAUUCUCAAGAAAAAGGCUGGCUCUUGGAUGGAUACCCUAGGAGCUCAUCGCAAGCAAUUGCUCUUAAGGAAUUCGGCUUCGAGCCAGAUCUUUUCAUUCUUCUUGACGUUCCUGAAGAGAUUCUUGUUGACAGAGUAGUUGGAAGAAGGUUAGAUCCUGUUACUGGAAAGAUCUACCAUCUGAAGUAUUCUCCUCCAGAGACCCCAGAGAUCGCGGCAAGGCUCACCCAACGUUUUGAUGAUACAGAAGAAAAGGUGAAACUUCGACUGCACACUCAUCAUCAAAAUGUGGAGGCAGUACUUUCAUUAUAUGAAGACAUAACCCUUAAGGUGGACGGGAGUGUUACCAAGGAUGAUGUGUUUGCCCAAAUUGAUGGCGCGCUGGCAAAGCUUCUUGAGAAAAAGCGGGCUACCACAGAAUCUCUGGCAGCUUAGAAGAUGUAGAUAAUGAUUUUGGCUCCCAUUUUGACGAGUUAGAAAAAGUUCAAGUCAAUAAUUAAGCACGAUUUGGCUGUUUCGAUGUGCUAGGAAACUACAUCUGUGAAGAACACGACUUGUACAUGUCAUUGCAGCCGCCAGCCAAAGGAAAAGAAAGAAAGAUAUCACAUCCAUAUCAUGUUGGGUAGGCUAGUGAUUUAUUUGCAGCUAAAUAAGCUGAAGUGUUCGAUUUAGAUUUACAUAUAUAUAGGUUCAUUGGGUUUAUUAUUAUAUUUAAUAUAUUUGGUGCUCAA